CAACCGCCAAUCAAAUGCGUCCUCCAACGUAGAUUGAUGGUCUCCAAAGUACGAUGCUGGUCUGUAGCCCAUCAUUCCGCAUUUGCACCCGCGAUGUAGCGUGGCGUCAUUACUCAAUCUCUGCUCUCCAGACCAUCACCAUCGUCACCAUCAUGUCGUCGACUGUAUGCUGCUUUAACGGCUGCCUUAACGCACCGCUUGCGCCGUCGGACAAGUGCGUCUUCCAUCGCAACCGCGCCCAGUGCCUCGUCGACGGCUGCGUCAACCAAGUCUAUGCGCGGCACCUUUGUGUCCGCCACGGCGGCAAAAAGACGUGCGCCUUUUCCGAGUGCACGUCGCAUGCGCGUAUUGGCAACUACUGCGUGCGCCACAGCAAAGACGCGUCCAAGCAGCUGUGCUCCGAAGAUGGCUGCGCCAAGACCGCGCAUCGCCGCCAAAAAUGCGUGCGCCAUGGCGGUGGUCGGCCGUGUCAAGUCGAAGGCUGCACGACGCAUGCGCGGACAGGCGGUUUGUGCUGGCGCCACCGCAACCUCGUGCUUCCGACAACCGAGAAUGGGUGUCUGCUGGAGGACCACGAGUUUCUCGCUAUUUUGGACGAAUGGAUGACCGCCGAAGAGCACGAUGAAAUGGACGACCAGGUCCUGCUCAACGAUCUCCAAGCACUGCUCAUGGAUGACUCCAGCUUUUUCCUAUCGUAAAUCAUUAUCGCCGUAUUUAAUCCAAAUUUUGUUUGCAUUUUUAC